UUAUUGUAGUGGGAACAUAUAUAUAUAUAUAUUUUUUUCUUUUUUGACUUUUUCGAGCCAAAACUACAAACAAGAUUAAAUACCCUAACCUCUAUAAAUGUAACAUUCAUGAAGCAAUACCAAUUCUAAAAAUGAAGACCCUUUUCCAUUCCCUACUCAUUUCCACUCUCUUUUCCCUUUCCUUCUCAGAACUAUGCAAUCCCCGUGACAGAACGGUUCUCCUCCAAAUCAAACAAGACUUUGGCAAUCCUUACCUUCUUGCUUCAUGGAAAUCAGACACAGAUUGCUGCAAAGAGUGGUACCAAGUAAAGUGUGACAGAACCACCCACCGCAUCAUUUCCCUCACCAUUUUCGCCGGCGAACUUUCCGGCCAAAUACCUCCUGCAGUUGGUGAUUUACCUCAUCUCGAAACCCUUAUGUUCCACAAGCUAACAAACAUUACAGGCCCUAUACAACCCACUAUUGCCAAGCUCAAAAACCUCAAGUCACUCGAGCUUGAUCGGCUAAAUCUUACAGGUUCUAUACCUAAAUUUCUAAGCCAACUCAAGAAUCUUACUUUCUUGGAUCUUUCUUUCAAUAGUCUCUCUGGAUCAAUACCAAGUUCACUUUCUUUAUUGCCAAAUCUUGAUGCUCUCCAUUUAGAUAGAAACAGGCUUACAGGAUCAAUCCCAGAAUCAUUUGGUGCAUUUCAAGGCAGAGCACCAGCUCUUUACUUGUCUCACAAUCAAAUUUCAGGUACAAUUCCUGCUUCAUUAGCCAAUAUGGAUUUCAAUUUCGAAGUCGAUUUCUCUCGCAAUAAACUUGAAGGCGAUGCUUCCAUGUUGUUUGGACCAAACAAAACUACCCAAUUCAUAGAUCUUUCAAGGAAUUUGUUGGAGUUUAAUCUAUCAAAAGUUGAGUUUUCAAGCAGCUUGGCAUCGUUAGAUCUGAAUCACAACAAGAUUUAUGGUAGCAUUCCUGAGGAGUUAACUCAAGUAAAUUUAUCAUCGUUCAAUGUAAGUUACAAUAGGCUUUGUGGGCAGAUUCCAAAUGGUGGUCAGCUGCAGAAGUUCGAUACUACGACAUAUUUCCACAACCGGUGCUUGUGUGGUGCUCCUCUUAAAAACUGCAGCAAGUAGAGAUGGUACCUACCCUGAGAAGUAUUUUCUGGUGUAUGAUUUUGGAAGUGGUAUGUUAAUGAUGAAAUUUUGCUGAGGCAGUUAAUCUAAUUAUAAAAUAAUUUAUAAAUUAUGUUUUGAGAAA